AUGGACAACAUCAUCCGCCCCCUCCUUCCCUAUCUCCCGCCAGACCUCUCGGCGCUCCUCGUAAACCCACCUUCCCUCUCCUCUCCCCAAUCCUUCUAUCCCCUCGUCCGCCUCGCAUGGCCAUUCGCCAAGUACGCCGUCGUCGUUCUGGCGUUCUGGAUCGUCUUUGCGACUCUUUCAGGAAUAUUCGGGUACUUCACCCGAUUCCUGCGUCUGGCAUUCAAGAUCGGGCCAAUCAUCGGCAUUAUCAGCUAUUUCAUGGGGGGAUCGGGACAAGGAGGAUUGGGACAGGUGUUUGAUAUUGCGAGGAAUUGGGCCGGGAUGGGUGGACAGCCAGGGCAGACGACACCGGGUCUGGCCUCGCUCGCGGGCAUGUUUGGGGGCGAUCAGGCGGGUGCGAACACUCGAGGCAGAAAGUCGACAAGAAAUACCGGCGCGCAGAACGGCGGUCCCGACAUGAUGUCAUCGAUCUUCAACACCGCUGCCAACUUUAUGGGCGGAGGCGGAGCAGGAGGUGGUGGAUGGUCGGACGUCGUCCAGGACUUUGUCAAGCAGGCUAUGAACUCGGCGGCCCAGCCACCGCCCGAGACGGCGGAGGAGAAGCGCAGGAAGCGGAAGGCCGGGCUGUAG